UUGUAGCCAUGGCAACGGACUGAAACACUGUACACGAGUGUGUGGCUCAUCGCCCUUAUUGCUUGCCGCCGCUCGGAGUUGUCAUUUCGAGCCAGCCAGUCAUUCUCGCCGUUUCACAGCCAAGUCCGAUCUCAGAAAUAUUGACACUUUGUAAACUUGAGUAACUGAAAAGCGAAGGUUUCGAAUUGUCCGCUCAUCAUGGCGUUUAUGUCCGAGUUCUUUGCCAUUGUGGUUGCCGUUUUAUCGAUGAGGGCCCUCUCUGAGUCAGAUUUCUGCCCCUCUCGGUCCCCUGUCAAAUCCUCUUGCCCGCCAGAGUGGCAACUGUGGGGGAGCGCGUGCUAUCGCCUCACUUCCUCAACGUAUUAUUGGGUUGACGCCAAGACAGCUUGCCAAGACGUGGGAGGCAAGAUGGCCGCUCCUCGCUCGCUCGAGGAACUGAACUUCAUGGUGGACUUGGCACGAAAGGUGGACAGUGAAUACUGGGCCUGGAUUGCUUGCAAUGACAGAGAUGUUGAAGGAACUUGGGAGUGUGACGGUCAGGAGGGAGGCGAGCCCUUCUUGGUAUGGGAUGAUGGAGAACCAAAUGAUGGUGGUCUAUUUGACAAUCAAGAUUGUGUUGCAAUAGCCGCACGGCACAAUCACAGGAUGGAUGAUGGUCGCUGUGAUGGUUCAAACAGGGCAUUUUGUGUUCGUCAUGCAGCUUGUGCUCAUCUCUCAACCCAACCCCGUCAAUACUGCGUCUCUACCGACACCCACGGCCGCAUUCUCAACUCAACCUGCCUCCUCGACCACAACAUCCGGGAGUUUAUCACCAAGGGCGUGGUCGCCUGUGGCUCAGCCUGCGCCAAGGAGCCCGGAUGCCGCUCCUUCAACAUCAAGAAAACCGAAGGAGGGAAGAAGAUAUGCCAGCUGAACAACAGCACAAGCUCCGAAGAUAAGGACAAGUUUCAGAAGACUGAUUAUUUCUGUACUAUGUACGGAGAAGAAAUGUGCUCUGACUAGUCGUUACAAUAAUAGAACAAUUUCAGAGAUGCACUCUACGAACUUGUGAAUUCGGAUUUGGUCUUAGAUGAUGAAACAUUCGCGAGACACUUGUCCUUAAUAUUUAGAUCACGUGGCAACUAUUUCAUUUUCUUUCGUUCUGAAGAGAAACAAAAGCUUUGGAUGUACUUUGAAGUAAAGAAGAUGAAUGUUUUGCUCUUUUGCGAACAAGAAAAGGAUUAGAUUAAAAACGUUUUGAACUGAUGAAAAUCGUUUGAUUUUUGUUCACAGAUUACAUAACAAUUUGAAACGCUAAUGCAUUGUACAUUCGCAAGUAGUGCUUAGUUUUUGCAAUGUUUGUAUUUGUCAAAACAGCAACAAAAAUAUAAGAUCGAUUUUA